UCUGCACUGUGACAGUGGAGCGCAGUUUGACUGGACGAGGGGAGUGCAUCACGAUGUCUAAGCCCAAGCUGUAUUAUUCCAAUGGAAGAGGGAAAAUGGAGUCUGUUCGUUGGCUUUUGGCAGCCGCAGGAGUAGAGUUUGAUGAAGUAUUCAUCGAGACCAGGAAACAGUAUGAGCAGCUGCUGAAAGAUGGAUUUCUGCUGUUCGAACAGGUCCCAAUGGUUGAGGUGGAUGGGAUGAAACUGGUGCAGACCAAUGCAAUCUUGAACUACUUUGCAGCAAAGUACAAUCUCCUUGGAAAGGACAUCCAUGAACGAGCACUGAUUGACAUGUACUCAGAAGGAGCUAAAGAUCUGAUGAUUUUUCUGAUGAAGCACCCCUUCCUUUCGGCUGCAGAGAAGGACAACAACCUCACCCAGAUGGAAACAAAGGCCAAAACCAGAUACUUCCCUGCAUUUGAGAAGAGCAUUAAUCAACAGACAGGAUACAUGGUCGGGAAUCAGCUUACCCUUGCUGAUCUGCAAAUUCUGGAGGUUAUCCUGAUGCUGGAGGAGAAAUUCCCACUCAUUCUGACUGAUUUCCCACAGCUGAAGAAAUUCAAGGAGAAGAUCAGCAAGUUGCCGAGAAUUCAGAAGUUCUUGCAGCCAGGAAGUCCCAGGAAGCCGCCACCAGAUGAUCAUUACGUUAAAAUUGUAAAAGAAAUUCUCCAAUUCUGAAAAGCAAAGUUGUAGAAGUUCAAAGUAAAUUGAUUAUCAGAGUACAUAAAUGCAUACAUUUUAUACAUUUUCUUCCAGGCAUUCACAAUGCAUGCAAAGAAACACAAUAAAAUCACUGAAAAUACACAUAACUAAUACGGACAAACAGGUAGUGUUCAAAAAACAACGAACUGUGGAAAUAAGAAAAAGAAAGUAAGCAAUAAAUAUUAAGAAAAGUUGACAGAUAUUGUGCAGUUUCAACUCCUGUGAGAUCAUUGAAAAUAUAUCAAAUGUGAUUCAUAAUAAUCUAUGUGAAACCCAGGUGAAAUCACUAUAAACUCAUCCAUUUGAAAUCUAAUAAGCACUUUCACUCAUCUGAACAUUAGUUAAUAUCUGAUGAAAGUAUAAUAAUAAUACAGAAAAAGUUUGAUUGUCA